AUGUUUUUUUGUUUUUUGUUUUCGUCUGUUGUCUGCGGUGGGCAGCGCCAGUGCAACCCGUGGCAACAGCGUUUGGCCAGCCCCACAGCUGUUUGGGGGCAUCACGCCCGGCUCACCCAAAGCCUCCCGUGUGCAUCCCUCAUUUCUCUUUCAAUCAACUGCCUCAAGUCUAGUGGAAAACAAAAGAUGUUUGGUGCGCCGGCUGGCGGGUUCGGAACAGCCGCAAACCCGGCGGCUGGCGGGUUCGGAACAGCCGCAAACCCGGCGACUGGCGCGUUCCGAACAGCCGCAAACACGCUGGCUGGCGGGUUCGGAACAGCCGCAAACACGCUGACUGGCGGGUACGGAACAGCCGCAAACACGCUGACUGGCGGGUACGGAACAGCCGCAAACACGCUGACUGGCGGGUACGGAACAGCCGCAAACACGCUGACUGGCGGGUACGGAACAGCCGCAAACACGCUGACUGGCGGGUUCGGAACAGCUGCAAACACGCUGGCUGGCGGGUACGGAACAGCCGCAAAUCAGACGGCUGGCGGAUUUGGUUUGGCGGGUGCUGGUGGAUUCGGCACAUAUGCGGGCGUAAAUAAUAAUAACAUGCUGGGGGCUGCACAGAACCUCCAUGAAUUUGGAGGCCAGAGCACGUUGGGGCGCUACCUGCUGGAGCUGGACAACGCAUACAACGCCCUACACCCCAACUGCCGCUUUCGUGCCUUUCUCUACAACAUGUGUGCCCCCGGGCAAUCGACCAUGGCGGUGGAGCGGGAACGAUUUAUCGCUGCUCAGGCAGGAGGCGGCUGCAGGGAGGAGGAGCUGCUGCGGGCGCAGGAGCGCAACCCGGAUCCGCUUCGGAUGUACCCGACGCCCGUGCACUUCAUGCAGGAGCUGAAGUCGCGGGCGGAGAAACAGCAGGAGGCCAUCGUGGCCAUGCGGAAGCACGUGGAUGCGCUUGUUUCGAAAGCAGAGCGCUUUAGACAGUUGGACGAGGCGAAUGCCGCCCAGCAUCGGGAGCUGAUGCUGGAGCAGGUCAUGCUGCAGCGUCGAUGGUACUCGCUCGUGAAGAAGGUGGAGACGCUUCGGCAGCUUGGGCUGCCUCUUGGCGAGGAGGGCCGCAUUGCGAGCAUCGUCAAGGCCCUCAACCUGCAGCUUGCGGCGCCAGGGGUGUACAAGACGGCGCUGUCGGAGCUGCAGCCCUUCUUGGACGCCGAAUCCGCAGCUGUCGCAUCACUCCUCCGAAGCUGCCCGGGGGAGGAGGCGCGUGAGCCCGCCCUCUCAAACGAGGGCGGCCUGCUGCAGCGACGCACCGACCCACAGCUGCUAAAGAACUGGACACGUUUUGCGGAGCGCAUUCAGGAAGGUGUGGAGGCCCUAGUAGAGCUACUGGAGAAGGACACGGCAGACAUGCGUGCGAUUCGGCAUCGGGUGGGCGCGGUGUGA